AUGGCCGUGUCGGUCGUGGUCGUAGACGACCACCACCAUUGCCUGUCGGUCAUUCAUCAAGCCAUCCGCCAACGUCGUCUGCCGUUCUCGCACAUCCACGUGCUGCACGUAGACGCCCACCCCGACUUGUCCUUUUCGACUGCGAUCAACACCGAUGUGGUCUUUGAGCCAGAGACACUGUACGACGCAUUGGACGAUUCGGUCGCUGGGAUCGCCGAGUUUCUACUGCCGCUCGUGUUCGCAGGUCACGUGAGUCAGAUCACGUGGUUAAAAUCGGUGUGGGCGACGCAGAUACCGACUGGAACGUUCCGGCAACUUGCGAUUGGAAAGCGCGUGACAAACAGGACAAUGGGAGUAGCAAGUGAACUGCCCCAUUUCGUGAACGACGAGCUGUUCUGUCCUCUCAAGAACAUGGAGACGUCGUCCAUUCGGUACUGGGAUCUAUUUGCGACUGAGACGACUGCAGGCUACGCGGCUGCGGUAGCGGCCCAGGCAAUGGACAAUGCGCGCGAGCAUUCAAAAGGCUACAUUCUCGAUAUCGAUCUUGACUACUUUUCGACGUGGAACCCGUUCCGCAGAGAUUUGGAAGCACUGAUUGGGGAAGUAGAUGUGGAGACGGUGACAAAGGUCUUUUGCCAUGUUCGCUACAAGCAAGUCCCUCUCGAUGGGUUGACAGCUGAGCAGCGCAGCACAGAGAUGACAACGUUCUCCGAGCUUGCCAGACGUCUUGAAGCAGCUGAUGCGCAGGUGGACACCGAUACUCGCCGAUCGGAAUGCGCACAAAUCCGAGGUGAACUUGUAUCGCUGUACGCAGACGACGUCAAUGUUGCGGAACUCUUUGACGAAUUUUGCCAAGUACUUGAUAGAUAUCGAGACAACGAGGCCGUGCGACGUGAGAUUUGGACAGCAGGACUUUUCCUUGAUCUUCCUCAUCACGAGAGCUCCCAAGAAGAGAUCGAGUGUUUGAUCAGCGAGCUCGAGCAUUUCCUUCGGACGCAUGCACUGGAUGGAAGCAACCCUCCAGCCAUUGUGACCGUCGCCAAGUCCACGGGCGACCAGUACCUGCCCCCGCAUCAAUCAGACGUUGUCUUAACAAGCGUUCUUCGAAUGCUCGAGCAAGUCUAUGGGGAGCUAGCAACGAAGUAUGUGGAGUAUGUGCCUGUUGAAGAUGCAGAUGAGUACCACGAAGCGGAACGCUCUUGCAGCACGUAG